AUGCCGUCCACUCACAAUGCGGAGAAGCCCUGGGAUACCGAUGACAUCGACAAGUGGAAGAUCGAGCCCUUCAAGCCCGAAGACAACACGGCCGGCGCCUUCACCGACGAGUCCCGCUUCAGCACGCUUUUCCCCAAGUAUCGCGAACAGUAUCUGAAGGGAUCAUGGAAGUUUAUCACGCAAGCGCUGCAAAAACAGGGUGUGGGCUGCGAGCUCAACUUGGUCGAGGGCUCCAUGACGGUAUGGACGACGCAGAAGACAUACGACCCGGCGGCGAUAUUGAAUGCGCGAGACCUGAUCAAGCUGCUUGCGCGAAGCGUGCCGGCGCCGCAAGCUGUCAAGAUUCUGGAGGAUGAGGUGGCCAUGGACAUCAUCAAGAUACGGAAUCUCGUCGGGAACAAAGAUCGCUUCGUCAAGAGGCGGCAGCGCAUAUUGGGGCCCAAUGGAUCAACGCUGAAAGCGCUGGAGCUGCUUACGGAGACAUACCUGCUGGUGCAAGGAAACACAGUCGCGGCUAUGGGUCCGUACAAAGGCCUCAAGCAGGUCCGGCGCAUUGUCGAGGACACGAUGCACAACAUCCAUCCCAUUUACGCGAUCAAGGAGCUCAUGAUUAAGAAGGAGCUCGCCAAGGACCCAGAGCUAGUCAACGAGAGCUGGGACCGUUUCCUCCCCAACUUCAAGAAGCGCUCCCUCAGCAAACGCCGCGUACCCCACAAAGUCACCGACAAGACGAAGAAGACAUACACGCCGUUCCCGCCGCCGCAGGAGAAGAGCAAGGUCGACCUGCAGAUCGAGAGCGGAGAAUACUUCCUAGGCAAGCAUGCAAAGGAGAGGAAGGUGCAGGAAGAGCGGGAAGACAAGAUGAAGGACAAGAUGGACGCAAAGCGGAAAGAGAGAAUGGCCGAAUACGUUGCGCCGGAGGAAGAUGGCGGGGAGAAGAAAAAGAAGAAGCGGAAACGGGAAGAGGGCGAGGGCAAGGAGAAGAAGAAGAAGAAGAAGCGCAGCUCCGAGGGCGAGGCGGCUUGA